GUUUACGACUUAACCUGUGGUGUGCAGCCUGCAGCAGUGUGGCCUCAGCAGAGGCCAGGCCGGGCCGCUUUCCGUCCCGACCUAUCCAGCAGCAGCAGCAGCCUGUCUCCUGUCUCUGCUAUCUCCACCGCAAAUGACAAGUCUAUUUUAGAAAAGGAGGCUGCGCCAAAAUAGGCACGUCAGCUAUUUGACAUCAUGAGGUACCGGAGAAGAAAGAAAAAAUAAGUCUAGUCAACCGCCCACUGCAGGAGACUGGGGGGAUGUUCCACCAUCCUGGAUUUACAACCGUUUCAAGGAUAUUUGAGCGCAAAGAAGACAUUUUUUGGUGGGAUUUCUAAACUGAUUUUGGAGUAGUCCGGAAAGCUUCAGCUGACGUUUUAGCCCACAUGAUUCAGCGCCCGUUUUACCUGAGCGGCUGAAGACUCCAGGAACAAACAAUGGAUCCAAACUUGUUCGGAGGAGUCCCCAGGUUUCUCACCCGCCCAAAGGCAUUCUCAGUGUGUGCAGGCAAAGAUGCCACCCUGAGCUGCACUAUCGUCGGCAGCCCGACUCCACUGAUCACCUGGGAAAAGGACAAGCUGAAGCUGACAUCUGGGGGACGCUUCAAGACCGUGGACGAUGGAGAUGUGUACCGCCUGACCAUCUAUGACUUAACACUGGAGGACAGUGGCCAAUACAUGUGCCGGGCCAAAAACAACGUCGGGGAAGCUUAUGCUGCUGUAACCCUCAAAGUGGCCCUGCCAACAGAGAUGGCUCAGAGGGCCCCUGCUUUCAUGGUUAAGCCCACAUCUGCUCGUGUAGGUUUGGGAGGCGAUGUUGUUUUCCAUUGCCGGGUUGUAGCUUACCCCGAGGCCAACUUUGAUUGGGAGAAAGAUGGGCGUUACUUGGGGGAGUCUAACCGGAUCAAGAUUAUUUCCGACAGUGACAGCAGCACCUUAAAGAUCCAAAGUGUGCGUAACCUGGACGGGGGUACCUACACCUGCAGGGCCCAGAACACCGUUGGCCGUGCGCACGCUGCUGCAGCGCUUGUUGUUGAUGCCCACGAUUCCCGCCACCUGUCUGCAGACAAGAACACCUCCCUCCUUUCUCACCUACAAAAGCGCAAGGAGGAAAUGAAGAAGGACAUCUCUAUAUAUCGCACUGAAGAAAGCAGAUCCUCCGUUUCUUCCUCCACCACUUCCAGCGUCACAGAUACUAUGACUUCUCUGAGUCUGGAACAUGAGCUGAGGGCAUCCGCUCUGGCAAAGCUACCCAAAGGUGUGUUUACUCGUACCUGCACGGUGACUGAAGGCAAACAUGCCAAACUCAGCUGCUUUGUGACGGGUCACCCUAAACCGCACAUUAUCUGGAGGAAGGAUGGAACAAACAUCAGCGAGGGCCGCAGGCAUGUCAUUUAUGAGGACCAAGCUGAGAACUUCAUCCUCAAGAUCCUGUACUGCAAGCAGAGCGAUAAUGGUCUCUACACCUGCAACGCAACCAAUAUGGCAGGGCAGACCUACAGUGCUGUGUUGGUAACAGUCAAAGAGCCCAAAGUGCCAUUCAGGAGGAAGCUGCAGGAUGUGGAGGUUCAGGAGAAAAUGUCAGCAACAAUCAUGUGUGAGGUGCCUGUUAGUUCCACCCAGACCAGCUGGUUCAUGGAGGAAACGCGGCUGGAGCAAAGUGCCAAAUAUUUCAUGGAGAAGGAAGGCACCCUGCGUCGUCUCACCAUACACAAUGUCACCACCAACGACGAUGGUGUUUAUAUCUGCGAGAUGAAAGAGGGCAGUCGCACGGUGGCUGAGCUCACUGUCCUGGGCAACAUUACUAAGAAGCUUCCCCGGAGGACAGUAGUUCCUGUCAGCGACACUGUCAUCUUCUGUGUGGAGCUGGAACAUCCCUGCCCUGAUGUCUACUGGACCCGAAAUGGCGAGAAGCUGAAGGAAGACUCCCGUAUUUGCAUUGCGUGCGUGCUCAGACAGUACACACUCACGAUUCGAGAUUGCCAGGCAGAUGACUCAGGAGAAGUGGCCUUUGUAGCUGGAGACUGCAAGACCUCCACUCGAUUCACAGUCACUGCUGCAAGGAAGCAUCCUCCUGAUCCCCCAGUCGACGCUGUGGUGCACAACAAGACUGACUCAUCCAUCACCAUCCAGUGGUGUCCUCCUGACAGUGACCGCCCCGUCCCCAUCAAGUGCUACAUUGUGGAGAGGAGGAAGAUUGGCACUCAGACAUGGCAGAGGUGCAACGCUGGAGAAACCAUCGUUUCUACAGAGGUCACCAUCUGCAGCUUCACAGAAGAGGCCACCUACCAAUUCCGGAUCUCUGCUAUGAAUGACUUUGGCCAGAGUCCUUACCUGGAGGUGCCUGGAACCUUCUACCUGGAACCCAGUGCUGAAAUCAGGAAAGGCCUGACGAACAGUGCUGCAGUUUCCGGUGAAGAGUUCUCUAUCUCUGUGGAGCUGUCUGCUGUUUGCUCCGGCUUUUGGUCUCUAAACGGCCGCCUCCUGCGCAGUGGAGCCGACUUCCUCAUCACCAGGUCCAAGAACACACACACUCUGAUGAUCCGUGUCGUGACCAUGGAAAUGAAUGGAAGUGAGAUCAAGUUUGUGGGUGGAGGCUCACAAAGUAGUUGCGUCCUGUCUGUGAAGGCUCCUCCUGUUAGGUUCACCAACAAGUCAGAUAUGUUGGAGGUGGUGGUCUGCAGUGCCCAAGCCACUGCUCAGCUGACUGCUGAGGUGUCGGAUUACGAUGCACAGGUGGUUUGGAUGAGGAAUGGGCGGGAGGUGAAAAUUGGAAAGAAGUAUGAAUAUAUGAUCAUCGACCGCAAGAGGAUCCUCAUGGUACACAAUGUCACAGAGGAAGAUGUGGGCAUCUACGAGUGUGUUUUAGCUGAUGACAAAAUGUCCUUGCAACUCAGUCUUAAAGAUGAACCUGCCAAGUUUUUGAACAAAGCCAGAGGUACCAUGGGACUGUCAUCGUCCCUCAAAGGAGAUCUUGAGCUGAGCUGUGAGGUGUCCCCAGCCAGUGCAGUUGUUGUGUGGAAAAAAGAUCAAGUGAAGAUCAUUGAGGACCAAAGAACCACCACCAUCUCCAAAGGGACUCAAAGGAAACUCAUCAUCAAAAACGCCAAGAAGAGUGACGAGGGACAUUACUCCUGUGAGACAGAAGCAGACAAAGUCACAUUCCACGUCAAGAUAAAAGAAACUCAAGCUGUAGCUGCCUUCUCCAACAAGGAGUCAGUCCAGAAGGAGGUGAAAGCUACUCUCUCCCAGAGAGCCACUCUUAGCUGCGAUGUUUCGGAUAGCAAAACAGAGGUGAAAUGGUAUAAAGACGGGAAGCUGUUGAUAUCCAGUAGGAUGAUAUACUCAGAAGUAAAAGGAAAUACUCGUCAGCUGGUGUUUGAAAAGGUGGAGAAGAGCGACGCUGGAGAGUAUACAUGUGAAGCUGGAGGGGAUAAGCUGGUCUUCAAGAUAUUUGUGUCAGAUGCCCAGUCAGCUUUCUUCAACAAGGAAUCUGUUCAGAGGGAGGUCAAAGCUACUCUCUCCCAGAAAGCCAAUCUGAGCUGUGAGGUGGCUGAUACCAAGACAGAGGUGAAAUGGUACAAGGAUGGCAAACUGCUGACUUCCAGCAGGACCAUACACACAGAGUCGAAGGGCAAGACUCGGCAGCUGGUGAUUGACAGCAUAGAGAAGAAGGAUGCUGGAGAAUACAUCUGUGAGGCUGGGACUGAGAAGCUGGUCUUCAAACUCCAGGUUGCAGACACAAAGGUCCAGCCAGCAAUCUCUAACAAGGAGUCCGUCCAGAAGGAAGUGAAGGCGACUGUCUCCCAGAAAGCCACUCUGAGCUGGGAGGUAUCCGAUACCAAGAGUGAGGUGAAAUGGUACAAAGAUGGCAAGCUGCUGGCCACCAGUAAGACAGUCCGUGCAGAGUCAAAGGGCAAGAGCCGUGAGCUGGUGAUCGACAGCGUGGAGAAGAAGGAUGCUGGAGAGUACAUCUGUGAGGCUGGGUCUGAGAAGCUGGUCUUCAAGGUGCAUGUGGAAGGUGCUUCUAAAGAAACCCAGGCUAAAUCUGCUUUCCUCAACAAAGAGUCCAUCCAGAGGGAAGUGAAGGCUACUCUCUCCCAGAAAGCCACCCUGAGCUGUGAGGUAGUCGAUAACAAGACAGAGGUAAAAUGGUAUAAGGAUGGCAAACAGCUGAGUCCCAGCAGAGGAGUUCACAUGGAGUCAAAGGGCAAGAUUCGACAACUGGUGAUCGACAGUAUAGAGAAGAAAGAUGCAGGAGAAUACACCUGUGAAGUCGGAACUGAAAAACUGCCAUUUAAAGUACAAGUUACAGAAAUCCAGCCCAAGUCAGCCUUCUCCAACAAGGAGUCAGUCCAGAAGGAGGUGAAAGCCACUCUCUCCCAGAGAGCCACUCUGAGCUGUGAGGUAGCUGAUACCAAGACAGAGGUGAAAUGGUACAAAGAUGGCAGGCUGCUGACUUCCAGCAGGACAGUCCAUGCUGAGUCGAAGGGUAAAAGUCGCCAGCUGGUGAUCGACAGCGUGGAGAAGAAGGAUGCUGGGGAGUACUUCUGUGAGGCUGGGACUGAGAAGCUGGUGUUUAAGAUGCAUGUGGCAGAAGCCCAAGCUGGCUUCUCUAACAAGGAGUCUGUCCAGAGGGAGGUGAAAACUACUCUCUCACAGAAAGCCACUCUGAGCUGUGAGGUUUCCGACUCUAAGACAGAGGUGAAGUGGUACAAGGAUGGCAAGCUGCUGACUUCUAGCAAAGCAGUCCACAUGGAAUCAAAGGGCAAGGGUCGUGAGCUGGUGAUAGAAAAAAUAGAGAAAAAAGAUGCUGGAGAAUACACAUGUGAGGCUGGAACGGAGAAGCUGGUAUUUAAGCUGCAGGUGGCAGACGCAGCUGUCAAGUUCCAGAAGAAGCUUGUCAAGGACACAUGUGUUGUUCAAGCAAGUGAAAAAGUUGUUUUGACCACCGAGCUGACCAUAGAGAGUGGUAGCGUGAAGUGGUUUAGAGAUGGUGUGGAGCUCAAGGAGGGCAGCAAGUAUGAAAUGAAAAAAGAUGGCCUUUCUCGUACUCUGAUAGUUAAAUCCACCGAAUCCAAAGACAGUGGAACAUACUCCUGCCAAACAGCUGAAGACAAAAUGGAAUUUAAAGUUCAAGUUAAAGAUUCAGCUUUGAAGUUUGUCGUCCCUUUGAAACCUGCUGCAGUGGAGUUGGGAGGUACACUUAGCCUGAUUUGUGAACUAAAUCAAGCCUCAGGGGAUGUUGUCUGGCAGCAUAAUGGCCGUGAGAUUAAACCUGGAGGCAGGCACUGCGUCAGGACAGAUGGUGCUAAGCGGGUUCUCACUGUGACUGGCAUGACUAAAGAAGAUGAAGGAGAAUACAGCUGUGAAUGUAGGAAUGACAAGACCUCUGCUAAAGUCUCAUCAAAAGCACCCAGAGUGGUGAGGCUGACCACCAAACUGAACAAUGUGGCUGCAAUGGAGGGAAAAGACGCUGUUUUCAAGUGCGCUGUGAAUCCAGCAGACGUCAGUGUUAAAUGGUUCCACAACAGUAUACCUGUCACUGCUGGGCCCAAGUAUAAGAUUGAGAGAGGUGGCGGCAGUCACUCACUCACUGUUACCUCUGUCACCCAAAAAGAUGCUGGAGAGAUUAGCAUCGAUGCAGAAGGCAAAAGCUGCCUAGCUACCCUACAAGUACAACAUGAACCUGUGACGUUUAAGAAAAAGCUAGAAAACCUGACAGUGGAGGAGCAGAGUGAGGUCAAGCUGGAGGUGGAGCUCAGUAAACCGUCAAACGAAGUGAAAUGGAUGAAGAACAGCGUGGUGCUGCAGCCUGCAGGAAACAUUGAGAUUCGGGUAGACGGAGCCAAACAAGCUCUGGUCUUCAAGAGUGUGACACAUGCUGACCGAGGCAUCUACUCCUGUGAAACUCUGGAUGACAAAACCCAGAGCAAGCUCAAUGUGGAGAUCAAAAAGAUCCAUGUUGUAAAGGGCCUCACAGAAACCAAGGCACAUGAGACAGAGACAGUCACUCUUGAGAUAGAGCUCAGCCAGGCUGAUGUCGAAGGCUCCUGGACCAGGGAUGGGGCCAAGUUAAAGCCAGGGGCAAACUGCCGAAUCACAGCUCUUGGAAAGAAGCACGCCUUAACGUUGUCCAAUCUCAAGAGGGAGGAUGCGGGAAGUAUUGCCUUCCAAGCAGAAGGAGUUCAUAAUUCUUGCAAACUGAUUGUCACAGAACCUCCUGCUAUGAUCUCCAAGCCCUUGCUCGAUAUUGGUAUUCCUGAAAAGGAGAAGGCCACUUUUGAAUGUGAAGUGUCCAGGACAAAUGCAGAUGUCAGAUGGUUCAAGGAUGAUGUGGAACUGAAACCAGGGAAGAACUUUGGCAUCCAUUCCUUGGGCCGAAAGCGCACUUUAGUCAUCAACAAAUGCACCCCUGAGGAUGCAGGCACUUACAUCUGCCGCACUCCUGAUGAUAACACCGCCGCCAAGCUCAGGGUUCAUGCCAGAGAUAUUAAGAUUGUCAAGAAGCUGGAGGAUGUGGAAGUGAUGGAGAAGGAGAGUGCUUCAUUUGUCUGUGAAAUCUCACAUGAUGAAGUUGAUUGCCAGUGGUACAAAGGAACUGCCAAACUCAAAGUCAGUGACAACAUCAAGAUGAGACAAGAAGGCAGAAAGUAUGUACUGCUGUUUAAGUCUGUCUCCCCAGAAGAUAUGGGUGAGAUUAAAUUCACAGCUGACAAAGCCUCUUCAACUGCAAAACUUAAAGUGAAAGAGCUGCCUGUCAAGUUUGUGAAGAGACUCAGGGAUAAGAUAGCGAUGUAUAAGCAUCGUGGUCACCUUGAAUGCCAAGUGUCACGUGCCAGCGCAAAGGUGAAGUGGUACAAGAACAAGAUGGAGAUCAAACACGGCAAGAAGUACGAGAUCAAGAGUGAAGAUGUGUACCGAAAACUCACCAUCAACGAUGUGGACUCCGGGGACGAAGACACGUAUACCUGUGACGGCACUGAUGACAAGACAUCCUGUAAACUUCUUGUGGAAGAGCAGUCCAUCAGCAUUGUGCGGGAGCUUAGUUCGGUAGAAGUGACAGAACCUUUUGCAGCUGUUUUUGAAGUUGAAAUCAGUGUGGACCUUGUGAAACCUCCUACAUGGACUCUGAAUGGAGUUGCUGUGCAGCAGAGCGCUGAUGUCGAAAUGGAGAAAGAGGGCACUAUGCACCGUCUCACUUUCAAAAAGACCAAAGCGUCGAUGACAGGACCUGUCCAGUUCACAGCUGGAAAGAGCAGAUCCUUAGCUCAGCUCACAGUCAAAGAGCGUCCGCUUGAGAUAGCAGAGCCCAUGAAAGAUGUAAAGGCCAAGGAGAAAAGCUCUGCAAUUCUCAGCUGUAAAUUCACUGCCUCACCCAAAGAGGUUAGGUGGUUCAAAGAUCAGGCACCUCUGGCAGCGUCAGACAAGUUUAACAUGAAGCAAGAUGCUACAAGGGCUCAACUAACCAUUCAUAGGUUGACUGAAGAAGACAGUGGGGAGUACCGCUGUCAGUCUGGACCUGCUGAGACCAAAGGAAAACUUAAUGUUGAAGUGCGUGAAAUUAAGAUCACCAAGCACUUGGCAGACACAGAGGUUGAUGAAGACAGCGAUGCAGUGUUUACUUGUGAAAUAAACUAUCCAGAUGAAGAGGUGCAGUGGCUUCUGAAUGACAAGGUGCUCUUCACGAAUGAAGUCAACACCAUCACCCAUGAAGGGAACGUUCACAAGCUCACACUGAAGAACUUAGCACCUCAGGAUGGGGGCAUUAUCACCUUAAAGGUCCGCAAGGUGAAAGAGUCUGUGACGCUUAAGGUUAAAGAAAAGCGUACUGUGUUCCUCAAGUCUCUAGAUGAUGUCAUUGGAGAGGAGAAAGGCAUGAUAACUCUGGCGUGCGAGGCAUCCAAGCCCAGAGUUUCUCCCAUAUGGAGGAAAGAAGGAAAAGUCUUGAAGGCUGGAUCAAAGUAUGAGCUCCUCCACACAGGCAAGUCUCUGGGACUGAUCAUCAAGGAUGUCACCAAAGAAGAUGCUGGAGAGUACAGUUGUGAUCUUGGAACUGAGGUUUCUAAAGCAAAGGUCACUGUAAGAGAGAUUGGCAUCGGAAUCACCAAAUGGCUGAAGUCAGCUGAGGUGAAUGAGGGAGAGUCUUGUAGCUUUGAGUGCAUCUUAUCUCGUGAGAGUACGGACGAGUGUUUCUGGACUCUAAAUGGCCGAAGCAUUACAAACGGAGGCCGCUUCAAUAUCACCAGUAAAGGACGCAAGUACAUGCUGACCAUCAAGGAUGUAACUCCUGCUGACGCUGGAGAGGUGGUCUUCAACAUUAAAGACCUGAGCUCCAAAACGACACUAUCAGUCGAAGACAAAGCUUCAUCUGUGUCUAAAGGACUACAGAAUGUUAGAGCUGAUAGAGGGGAAGAUGCUGCAUUUACCUGUGAGGUAACUCAGGCUAGUUCCACUGUAAAGUGGGCCAAGGAAGGCAAAGCCAUCAAAAAGAGCCAGAAGUAUGACAUCAGCCAAGAGGGCAGGGUCAUGAAGCUCACCAUCCGUAACGUCUGUGCUCAAGACUCCGGAGAGUACAGUUGUGAAGUUGUUGGAGGUGCAACCACUAAGGCCAAGCUGGAAAUCAAAGAGCCCGUCCAUAAAUUCACUAAAGCACUAAAGGACAGCACAGCAGAGGAGAAGAGCUCCGUGACCUUGCACUGUGAAACUGCACAAACCCCGUCCACUGUGAUCUGGCUUAAAGGUCACACAGAGCUCAAGGAUGGAGGUCGCUAUGAGAUGUCCCAGAAGGAGGGGGUCUUAACUCUCACCAUUAGACACCUGGAAGAGAAAGACACCGAUAUCUACACUUGUGAUGUGGGCACUGCCAAGAGCAUGGCGAAGGUGACAGUCAAUGCGCUACCUGCCACUUUUAAAGAAACGCUCAAGAACCAGGAGAAAAAGGAAGGGGAGACUGUGACACUUAGCUGCAAGUUAUCAAAACCUGCAGAUGGCGUUCAGUGGAAGAAAGGCUCUGAAGUCCUUAAAGCUGGAGAGAAGUUUGAGAUGAAGAUUAAGGAGACCUCUUAUGAGCUUCAGAUGAAGAAUCUUGAGGUUGAAGAUAGUGGAGAGUAUUCUUGCGUGUGUGGGGACCAGACAACAUCUGCAACUGUGAAAGUCAAUGCAUUGCCACCAACAUACAUAAAGAAGCUGGAGAGCCAGGAGGCUGAGGAGGGAGCCUGUCUUACUCUUCGUUGUGAGCUCUCUAAACCUGGAGUCUCAGUGGAGUGGAAGAAGGGAUCACAGGUCCUGGAGUCUGGAGAAAAGUACCAGAUGAAGCAGAUGGCCUCUGUGCAUGAACUCCUGAUCAACAAAGUUGUGCCAGAAGACAGUGGAGACUACAACUGUGUGUGUGGAGACCAGAAGACCACAGCCAGCCUCAAGAUCAGGGCCCAACCAGUGACCUUCAGACAGAAGCUGGAGAGCCAGGAGGCUGAGGAGGGAGCCUGUCUUACUCUUCGUUGUGAGCUCUCUAAACCUGGAGUCUCAGUGGAGUGGAAGAAGGGAUCACAGGUCCUGAAGUCUGGAGAAAAGUACCAGAUGAAGCAGGAGGCCUCAGUCAGUGAACUAUGGAUCAGCAAAGUUGUGCCAGAAGACAGUGGAGACUACAGCUGUGUGUAUGAAGACCAGAAGACCACAGCCAGCCUCAACAUUAAGGCCCAACCAGUGACCUUCAAACAGAAGCUGGAGAGCCAGGAGACUGAGGAGGGAGCCUGUCUUACUCUUCGUUGUGAGCUCUCUAAACCUGGAGUCUCAGUGGAGUGGAAGAAGGGAUCACAGAUCCUGAAGUCUGGAGAAAAGUACCAGAUGAAGCAGACGGCCUCUGUGAAUGAACUAUUGAUCAGCAAAGUUGUGCCAGAAGACAGUGGAGACUACAGCUGUGUGUGUGGAGACCAGAAGACCACAGCCAGCCUCAAGAUCAAGGCCCAACCAGUGACCUUCAGACAGAAGCUGGAGAGCCAGGAGGCUGAGGAGGGAGCCAGUGUUUCUCUGCGCUGUGAGCUCUCUAAACCUGGAGUCUCCGUGGAGUGGAAGAAGGGAUCACAGAUCCUGAAGUCUGGAGAAAAGUACCAGAUGAAGCAGACGGCCUCUGUGCAUGAACUCCUGAUCAACAAAGUGGUGCCAGAAGACAGUGGAGACUACAGCUGUGUGUGUGGAGACCAGAAGACCACAGCCAGCCUCAACAUUAAGGCUGUGAAGCUGUCAGCUACUCCUUCAGCUACUAAAGUGGAAUCUAAGAGGAAAGAGACCAAAGAAACAGUGGAAGCAAAGAUCCCUGAAGCUCCGUCCAUAGCUGCUAAAGACAAGCACAAGAGGCAAGAGAUAUAUGAGACAGUAAAAGCUGUGACACUGCCAACUACUGGACAGACUCCCAAACAGCAGCUCCUGAAACAGGAGAUUCAGAGUGAUUCUGGAGAGCUGAAAGAGAGAGCUGUGACACUGCCAGCUGCUGGACAGACUCCCAAACAGCAGCUCCUCAAACAGGAGAUACAGAGAGAUUCUCAUGAGCUCACAGUGGGAGGUGAAGCUGUGACACUGCCAACUACUGGACAGACUCCUAAACAGCAGCUCCUCAAACAAGAGAUUCACAGAGAUUCUGGAGAUCUCAGAGUGGGAGGUGAAGCUGUGACACUGCCAGCUGCUGGACAGACUCCUAAACAGCGGCUCCUCGAACAGGAGAUUCAGAGAGAUUCUGGAGAGCUCACAGUGGGAGGUGAAGUUGAAAGGGGCGCUGCUGGAAUAGCUGCAAAACCAGAUACACAGAGGCAGGGGACCAAAGAGCCAGGAGAAGUUGCAGCAGAGAAGUCGACAGCUUCAGCAGUGACCUCCAAAGUUGAACCUAAACAGCAGGAAUCCAAAAAGUCAAUUGAAGCCCAGCCAGUCGUUUUCAAAACCCAGCUGCAGAACCUUGAAGGACAGGAAGGGGAAAGCGCUAGUUUUCGCUGCAAGACUUCAAAGCCGGGAGCCAGUGUGGUCUGGAGGUGUGGUGAAAGAGUGCUGGCGUCCAGCAGCAAAUAUCACCUGAAACAGGAAGGAACCAUAGUCGAGCUUGUCAUCUAUAAACUACAGGGAGCUGACUCGGGAGAAUACUCUUGUGAUACAGGCGACCAGAAGACUUCAGCUGUCCUCACUGUGCAGGAGGUCGAGGUUAACAUACUGAAAUUCUUGGAGAGCUGCGUUGUAUACGAGGGGGAAGAUGUUCACUUUGAAUGUCGGGUUUCUCGUGAGGACGCACCUCCAGCCCAGUGGAAACUGCAGGAUGUCCCACUGCAGAAUAAUGAAAUGAACCUGAUCAAGUCCGAGGGCCUGGUACACAGCCUUACACUCAGAGGCGUCACCACAGCUGACUCAGGAACAGUCACAUUCUCAGUGGGAAACCACACUUCCACUGCUUCUCUGACAGUCAGAGCCGCACCUGUACUGUUCAAGAAGGAGCUGGAAAAUCAAGAAGCCACUGAAGGAGACAAGGCCACCCUGUCCUGCGAGACAUCUAGCCCUGACUGCAAGGUGACCUGGCUGAAGGGCUCAACUGUGCUCACCCAUGGGGCGAAGUACAGCAUGGAGCAGAGAGCUACCACUCACAACCUGGUCGUACACACGCUGAAUGUGAAGGAUAGCGGAGAAUAUACCUGUGAUACAGGAGACAAGAAAAGUACAGCAACCCUGACUGUGAAAGAGCAUGUACGCAUCAUCCGAGAACUCUGCGAUACCACCGUGAUCACUGGGCAGGAUGCCGUCUUUGAGGUUGAGUUGUCACACUCAGGAGUGACAAACGGGGAAUGGUGGCUUGGAGACAACCUCCUCCAAAAUAAUGAUCUGAAUCAAAUGAGCAGCCAGGGCAGAGUGCACCGUCUAGUCCUGAAGAUGGUGACCACAGAUGAAUCAGGGGAUGUUGCCUUCGUGGUAGGAGAAGAGAAGAGUGUGGCCUGUCUGCUGGUCGAGGACAAACCCAAAGUGCUAAUACUAGAGAAGCCACACAACACUGUGGCAGUAGAGGGUGAAACUGUCACUCUGGCCUGCACCAUCUCUGACGCCAAGGCUACUGUCACCUGGAGAAGAGACAAUGUGGCCGUUCAGGCAGGUCUCAAGUAUGACCUGAGGAACAACGGAGCAUUCCACCAGCUUCGUAUCCACAACCUGGUGCCUGAGGACUCAGGAACGUACACCUGUGACACUGGAGAUGCACAGUGUGAUGUCACCUUGACUGUGGAAGGUGCCCCAGUGUUCUUCCCUAAAGAGCUCAAGAACCAGGAUGCUGUAGAGGGUGAUGAUGUCACCCUUUGCUGUGAGCUGUCUAAGCCAGGUGUUCGUGUUGAGUGGAGAAAGGGAGGCAUGGUCCUCCAGCCCAGUAUGAAGUUUGGGAUGAGGCAGGAAGGGUGCGUUCAGGAGCUCCAUAUACGGAACGUGGAGCCUGAGGACAGUGGCUACUAUACCUGUGACGCAGGAGACCAGCUCACCACAGCCUCUUUGGCAGUGCAAGUGAAAGAAGUCUUCAUUGUCUGUGGUCUUAAGACCACCGACGUCUUUGUUGGGGAAUGGGCAACCUUCUCCUGCCAACUGUCUGGUAGGGCACCUGGCAAGGUGCAGUGGUGGCUAGAUGGUACCUUGCUGGAGAACAACCCCUUUAGUGAGAUAGGGCUGAGCCAGGGACACAUUCACACACUCACCUUAAAGAACCUGGCCACAGACGACUCUGGCACGGUCAUGUUCAAAGCUGGGAGUUUGACAUCAACAGCCAAGCUCUUAGUCAAAGAUCCCACAGUUGAAGUGGUGAGCGAGAUGGAGGACAUUCGGGUGCUCGAAAACCAACCGGCUGAGUUCAUCUGCCAGUAUUCAAGGCCGGUCAAGGCUCAGUGGACGAAAGACGGGCAGCCGUUACAGCCUGAUGGCCGAAGGGUGGUAGUGGAGCAGGACUGGAAUGUGGCUCGCUUGUACAUAAGCCGAGUGUCCAUGCAGGACAGGGGCGCAUACUCCUGUGAGGCAGAGGGGACCUGCGUGGUCGCUUCACUGUAUGUGGAAGGCAAACCCAUUGACAUUGUCCAGGGCCUGGAGGAUAUAGAAACCUUUGAUGGAGGUGAAGCGCUGUUUGAAUGUGCCCUCUCUCGUCCUGAGAGCAAAGAUUGCCGCUGGCUCCUUGAUGGAAAACCAGUGAAGGAAUCCCCUAAUGCUGAGAUUGUGACAUUUGAGAGCGGUCGGCGUCAUCUGCUCCUGCUGAAAGAGUUGCGAGUGACAGACAGUUGCACAGUGACCUUCAAAGCUGGCACAGCAUCCACAUCUGCCCAGCUCUCUGUCAAAGGUUGGCAGCUGGACGUUGUGAAGGGUCUGGAGGACAAGGUAGCUGCAGUGGGAGAGAAGGUCGAGUUUUGUGUUGAGCUCAACGAGCCUGUUCCUGCAUCAGAAGUAGCCUGGUAUGCUAAUGGCAUCGAGCUCAAGGCCAGUGAUCUCUGGGCCACGCGGGCUGACGGCUGUUCUUAUCGCCUUGUCCUGAGACAGGCGCCUCUUUUGCCACAGCAGGAAAUUACAUUUGCUGCAAGAGAUGCCCUCUCUUUGGCUAAACUCACCAUCAUCACUGUACCUGAUCCUCCAGAGGACCCCGAGGUCCUAAGUAAGACUGAAAAGUCUGUCAGCCUCUCUUGGUUUACUCCUCUUCAUGAUGGAGGGAGUCCCAUUCUGGGAUACAGGGUGGAGAUGCGGCUGGUAGACAGUGCCCUCUGGCUUCCAUGUCACUCUGAACCUGUUUGCAACACAGAGUUUGUGGUAGGAAAUUUAAUCCCGGGGAGUGGAUACAGGUUUAGAGUGGCAGCCAUCAACAGAGCUGGGAUUGGAGAGCCUGUUGAGUUGCCUCAGACUGUGCAGCUUGAGGCACCCAGGCAGCCACUGAUUUCACCAGGUAAAGAGGCAAAACAGACAGAGACUGAGGUGAUGGGGCAGCCCAGCCUGCCCCCAGAAGCUGCUGAAAAAGGUGACCUUCAUGAGCUGUGGGAGGAAUCAGCCAAGAAACGGCCCAUGAGUCGAGAACCCACUCUGGACUCCAUCACUGAGGAGGACGGUAAAGGUGGUCAGAAGAAAUCAGAACAGAAAGAGCUGAAGGCCUCAGAGAAAGUGGAAAUAAAAUCAGGGGAGAAGGAGCAGCAGGUCAUUGUGUCUAAGAAGCAGACAGAGUCCAAACUGUACACCAGCUCCGAGGAUGAGUCUGUUACUGGGGGUCCAACGCUCGUCUCCUACCUCAAGAAGAGCAGCAAGACUAGUGUCACAGCAACCAAUGAGGGAGAGAUGACAACUGAGAGGUUCUUUAAACAUUUCCAGAUGGCAGAGCAGAGAACAGUCCUACAGACUACAGUGGAAAAAACCACAGUUCAGCAGACCGGUGAAAAACAGGUGUCUACAGAGGAGACAAACGUCAUGGAGAUCAGUAAGGAGGACGAGCCUGAGCUCAGAGAUGCUGCCAUUAAGAUUCAAGCUGCGUUCAAGGGCUACAAAGCCCGCAAGGACAUGCGCCCUGUCUUUAAAGAGGCCUUCAAAGACCAGACCAAAGAACCUACUGGCACCAUACAUCUAGAAUGUGUGGCAGAAGGUAAACCUGACAAGGUGCGGUGGCUGAAGGAUGGAGAACCACUGACGGAUGGUAAGCACCACCAUAUUGAUAUCUACAAUGACGGUACUUGCUCACUGGUCAUCACUGCCAUCACCACAAAGGACACUGGGGUCUACACUUGUGAGGUCACCAACAAGUUUGGCGUCACGUCUCACAGUGGUAAAGUCACCGUAGGAACGGCAAGAGAGUCAUCUGGGCGACGGCCACUGACCGUGGGCUACAGCGCCGACAGCGAGCCUGAGAGCUCCUCAGGUAGUGAGAUGGACGAGUCACUGAGGCAGGCAAGCAGACGUCUCCGCCGCCUGUUGCGCACACGUCUCCCACCAGAUGUUGAGGAAGAACCAUUUGUCAGCGCAGAUGAAGGAGACCUGCGUCCUCCAGAUCCUCACUCUUACCGGGAGGAUGACACUUACAUCUACAUUCGCUUUGGCUCGCGGUCAGAAGCAGAAGUUGCCUCAAAGAGGUUCCAGGAGAUGUUUACAGUCCACGGGGUUCCUGUGGAGACGACCAUCCUGGAGGCAGGGCCUCUUAAAGUGGAGCUGCGAAUUAGAAAGAUGGGCUACUCACAAGAUGGAACACAGACCCCCACACAGGACAGACCGGCUCCUGCAUUUAUGACUGGAGCUCCGGCUGCCCCGGUCUUCUUGACCGAGCUCCAAAGUCAGGAUGUUCCAGACGGUUAUCCAGUCAGCUUUGACUGUGUUGUGAUCGGCAAGCCCCCUCCCACCAUUCGCUGGUAUAAGGACGGCAAAUUGCUGGAGGAGAAUGACCAUUACAUGAUCAAUGAGGACCAGGAGGGCUGCCACCAACUUAUCAUUACCACUGUGCUGCCCACUGACAUGGGUGUCUAUCGCUGCACAGCUGAAAACAGCAGCGGCAUCGCAACCACUAAGGCUGAACUCAGGGUUGACAUGUCUUGCAGCUCAGAUUACGACACUGCUGCUGAUGCCACUGAGACAUCUUCCUAUGUCAGCGCCAAGGGCUACAUGUCCAGGGAAACUGAGACAUUUGAGUCUGUAACUGAAGAUGAUCAACUACCUCAAAUUGUGGAUGAGCUUCACGAUGUUCAUGUCAGUCCAGGUUCACCUAUCGCUAAGAUGCAGCUCAAAGUAAAGGGUUUCCCAAAACCCAGAGUAUACUGGUUCAAAGAUGGCCACCCUCUGCGACCUUCAGAAAGGAUUACGUUGCUCACAGAGAGAGACGUUCACGGUGUGGAGAUCCUGGAGGUGAAGAAAGAGGAUAUGGGGGAGUACUCUGCUUACAUCAGCAAUGCAGCUGGUUCUGCUUACUCCUCUGCCCGCCUGAUAGUUCUGAGUCCAGGGGAGAUUAUGCCACAAGAUAAACGAGACCCCAAGGAGCCUCUGGUGCCACCCCGCUUCCUUGAGAGGUUCAGCAACAGGAAGGUGAAACAAGGAGCCAGCAUCACUCUGUCUGUCAAAGUAGAAGGCUCUCCCACGCCUAUGGUCUCCUGGCUUAAGGAGGAAUCAAUGGAGGAUGUCCUGUGGAUCAAGCCUGAUACCAAGGGAUACAAAAUAGCGAGCUCAGGGCGCCAGCACAGCCUCAUCUUGAUGGACGUAGGCACAGAAUACACUGGCGCCUACACCUGCAUCGCCACAAAUAGAGCAGGACAGUCCAUCUGCACUGCCCACCUCGAGGUUGAUGACACACCACAACCAAAGAAAGAGACCAAAGCCUCAGAGGUUCUUGGAAUUACAGUCAGUCCUCCGGAGGAGGAGGCUGGCAGAGGAAAAGAGGGUAAAAUACCCUACCUAGGUGAAGUAGGUACAGAGGAAUUCCUCAUGAAACUCACCUCCCAGAUCACGGAAAUGGUAUCAGCAAAGAUUACCCAAGACAGCUUACAGAAUCAUGAAGUGCUCCAGUGGAUGAAAUCUUGGCCCAAAAAUACCACUUCAUUACGCGUCCCAGGCGUUGACAGCGAUGAUGAGACUAAGACCCCUUCUCCAUCACCUCAUCACGGCCGCUCUCGUCCUCCCUCCCUCAUCGCUGACUCUUCCUCUGAGUCUGAUGAGGGGGAUGCGAGAGGAGAGAUGUUUGACAUCUAUGUGGCAACGGCUGACUACAACCCCACCAUAGCAAGCAAAGAAUCCAUCUCUCUGAAGGAGGGACAGUAUGUUGAGGUUUUGGAUUCAGCUCAUCCACUCAAAUGGUUGGUCCGGACCAAACCCACCAAAACUACACCAUCCCGCCAAGGCUGGGUCUCACCUGCCUACCUGGACAAGAAACUCAAGCUCUCUGCUGAUAUGGGUGACCUUCCAGAGACAAGUGUGGAAGAGGUGUCUGAGGGUGAAUACAAGAGGAAAUUAUUCCAACUGAUCCAAGACCUGAUAAAUGGUGAAUCAGAGUUUGUAAAAGAGGUCGACUUCUUUACCUCCCAUCACCUGAAGCAUGCAGACAGCCCUGAUGCACCGCCUGAUGUGAGCAGCCAGAAGGAAGUCAUAUUCAGGAACAUUGAGGAUAUCAAGUCCUUCCAUAGCAAGGCAUUCCUGCCAAAGCUGAAUGACUGUGAGACAGAUGAUGAUGUCGCCAUGUGCUUCCUGAAGAACAAGGAGGGCUUUGAGAAGUACCUCCAGUAUCUUGUUGGUCAGAGUCAGGCUGAAUCUGCUGUCAGUGACAAGGUUGUUCACCGCUUCUUCAAGGAGUACACUGAGAAAGUGCAAGCCAGUGCAGACCCUGCAGACCCGCCUGUACAUAGCAUCAACGCCAGCCUGCAACAACCACUAGACAGAAUUCAGAAGUACAAGGCCGUCCUCAAGGAGCUCAUUCGAAACAAGGCAAAAAAUGGGCAGAACUGCUGCCUACUGGAAGAAGCGUACGCCAUGGUGUCUGCACUCCCCCAGCGCUCUGAGAACACCCACCAUGUCUCCAUGAUCAAGAACUAUCCUGCCACACUGGAAGUAUUAGGAGAGCCAAUUAGACAGGGGCCCUUCCAAGUGUGGGAAGGGGCUCCAGGGAUUAGGACGUCCUCUAGAGGUCACCACCGCCAUGCCUUCCUGUUUAAGAACUACUGUAUCAUCUGCAAACCCAAAAGAGACAGCAACACUGAUACACAAGAAUAUGUAUUUAAGAACAUGAUGAAGUUGAAUAACAUUGAUGUGAAUGAGACCGUGGAGGGUGAUGACCGUGCCUUUGAGAUCUGGCAUGAACGUGAGGACUCUGUGAGGAAAUACACCUUGCAGGCUCGAACUGUUACCAUCAAGAACUCCUGGCUGAGAGACUUUAGAGAACUGCAGCAGAGAUACACCAUGCCUGCAUGGAGUCCUCCUGACUUUGAUGAGAUUCUAGCAAACUGCACAGCAGAGUUAGGACAGACUGUUAAGCUGGCCUGCAAAGCCACUGGAGUUCCCAAACCUACAAUCACCUGGUACAAGGAUGGACGCGCAGUGGAGGCAGAUCCUCAUCACAUCAUCAUUGAAGACCCGGACGGUUCCUGCACGCUGAUCUUGGAUAACAUGACUGCAGAUGAUUCUGGUCAGUACAUGUGCUUUGCCACCAGCUCAGCUGGUAAUGCCAGCACUCUGGGCAAGAUCACUGUUCAAGUGCCUCCUCGUUUUGUGAAUAAAAUGAGGAAUGCUACAUUUGUUGCUGGUGAGGACGCUCAGUUCACCUGCGUCAUACAGAGCGCUCCCCAGCCCAAGAUCAGGUGGUUCAAGGACAGCAGGCUGCUGACUGACCAGGAGAAAUAUCAGACUUACAGCGAGCUCCGCAGUGGGGUUUUGGUGUUGGUAAUUAAAAACCUGACAGAGAGAGACCUGGGACACUAUGAGUGUGAGCUGUCCAACCGUCUGGGCAGUGCUAAGUGUGCUGCUGAUUUAGUCCCACCCUCUGCUGUGGCUCGCACUGGUGAGCAGGCCAUCACUAUUGAAGUUACAGAGCAGGAGACAAGAAUACCAAAGAAAACCAUCAUCAUUGAGGAGACAAUAACCACUGUGGUGAAGAACCCACGUAUGAGGAGGCACAGGUCCCCCGGCUUGACUCUUGCUGGAGCCCAACGUUCAGAGACCUCCACCCCAGAGCCCCCCACAGCCAGGGUGAGGAGGAUGCCCACUCCAAGAAAGUCCACCAUCCCGACCCUCUAUGUCACCGAACCCCAGGGUGCUGAAGCCAGAGUUGUGGAAACCAAGCCAAGGUGGGUUGAGGUAGAGGAGGUCAUAGAGUAUAAGGUUAAUAAAUCUCCCAGGUUGCCUAGGAGGAGAGGCAUUUCACCGGCAGGGUCUGAACGUGCCACCACACCCUCCAGACCCAAAAGGUCUCCUCCUGAAAACCCAAACGCUAACAAUUCCAACAACAAGCUGGUGGAGCAGGCGCAGGCCCAGCUGCAGGGGGACGUCAGCAGCCAGCCGCUCCCCUGGGAGGCAGAACAAAGUAAUGUAACCUCUGAUUCUGUCUCUGGGGUCGCUGGAGAGCCACAAGAGCUCCCAUCUGUCCUUACUCCAGCAGGAGAGGACAGCGAGGACCUGGACGAUGAACAGACUGUCAUCUUUGAACCAGAUGAUGAAGAUGAUGGUUGUAACUCCAUAAAACAGGAACCUAAAAUUCUGACACAAGCAGGCCGCAUUCUGACCCUCGAGGACUUGGAGGAUUAUGUCCCAGAAGAAGGAGAGACCUACGGCUCCUCCAGCCCCCAUAACGCUGCUGCAGAAAAGCCUUGCGAGAUCUCUGUGCUGCAGAGGGAGAUCGGCGGGUCCACAGUGGGACAGCCGGUGCUCCUGAACGUGGGACGACCCGUUGUGGUCCCGAAGCAAAGUAGCGGCUUCUUUGGUCGCUUCAGGGAGCAUCUUUCCAGCAGCCUUUUCGCGUCUGCUGCCCCCCAAGCCAGUGGUGUCCGGUCUAGGACAGAAAGACGCGUCCCCAUUCAAGUGAGCCAUGCAAAGCUGGAGGUAAAGCCUUCGUACUGCUCAGAGGUGCAGAGAGUGGAGGGUGGGCAGCAGAGCUUUAAAACCAAAGUGUCAACUCAGACCUACGGCUACACAUCAGUGGGCAACCCAGUCACUCUUCAAAUUAGUGAUUAUCAGAACCAGUAGGGACAAACCAUUUUAAUUUCACAAACCCUCUCAGUCUUAAAUUGGGACUACUUACAUGAUGAAUAAGACAUCCUAACCUGAAGUAACCGCAUUUUAUGAACCAUUCCAUUUUGAAGCUGCCCAUCAGAAAAUGGACUCAUCCUUUGAGUCUUUUUCUUGUCAAAUGGAUUGAUGGUCUCUCUCGCGAGUUGGAAAAUGUAGGUAUAAAUAUGUCACUGUGAGCAUGAUUCAGCUCCGAACUGCUCUGUUACACCGCAAUAUGUGAUGGACAGAAACCAGACAGAAAGAAAGACAUUUCACCAAUGAACAAUUCCAUCAUCUACUGAGUUACAUAUUAUUUACAUAAUUGAAAAAAAAAACCCAAAAACGUUCAUAUAAGCAAUCAUAGACUUUGACCUAACUGAUCCAGGCAUUAUCCUCUCUGAUGACUCCUUCUAUAUACACAAACGAGUAGUUAGACAGUAUAUUUAGGUUUACAUAUUUUUUUCAGUUUUACUUUUGUACCUUUCAAGAAAUGUUGUCUUUUGCACUUUUGCAGUGCCUUAGAUUCCCGGAGCAGCAGAUGUUGGAGUUAAUGACUGUUAGUGAGGUCAUGGCUAUGUGUUUCUUAUUCAGUAUUGCUAUAAUUCAUCCAAAUGCAACACUGAUGAUGUAAAAAUUAACGACAGAACUUUAGUGACCAUUAUGGUGCAUGGGUUGUUUAGAUUAAAUGAAGCUGUGCAGUUAAAUUGUAGUCAAUUUGGCAAAAUCACAGUUCUUUAUGACUUUGGUUGUUUGAGAAUGUGUUUUUGGAGAGCAUCUUAGACACAUAAAGCAUUUUUAUGAGCAAGUUAUGUGGAAGGUGAACAUGUUUCACAAAAGAUCUAUGUGUUUGACUGCAUUUAUGUCACUUAUUUUGUCAAUUAUUAUCAUGAAACAGAUGUUUCUACCAUGAAUUGAAUUACACAGCUUUGUAGAGAUUUUUUGUGUCUGUUAAUGCAGUACAAGCACCUGUAAUUUUGCAGGAUAUCUCAAGGACAGUCAUGUGUAAGUGAUAGAUAUUUAGAUGGGUGACUGCAUGUAUUUGCUUAUCCAAAGUUGAUUUGUUUAUCCAGAGUAUCCGAUUUGUAAUGUUGUACGUGAUUGUGAGCAAAUGCAAAGUACGUGAGCUCAGAUUUUAACUACACUUUCAAUUUUAAAAAGUAACUAGAACACAGUAGUAACCCUUAAAGUUUUGUGGUGUUUACGUUGUUUUCAAAGGUCUUUUAAAUCCGUUACAAGAAUCUUGUUAUGUUUUAAUAUGAAAGCACUAACGGAUAUUAAUUGCUUGUACUAUACAUGUGUAGUUUUUGGAAACAUGUUUGAGUAAUCUGUGUUAAUAAAUAGAUGUACUGCAAAUGAAAA